GCAGCCCCAUCACCCCCAACUACAUCGACAACUCCACGUCCAGCAUCGCUCCCUGGUGCACCUGCAACGCCAGCGGGAACCGGCAGGAAGAGUGUGAGACCUUCCUGCACCUCUUCACCAACAACGUCUGUCUCCAAAACGCCAUCCAGGCCUUCGGCAACGGGACGUACCUGAGCUCGGCCGCGGCCCCCUCCGUCCCCCCCACCACACAGAUGUACAAGCAGGAGAGAAACGCCAACAGGGCCGUGGCCACCCUCCGAGAGAACAUCCUGGAGCACCUCCAGCCCACCAAG